UGAUCCGAUUCCUCUUUCACCUUCCUCACAGAAAAAGCGGUCACGCUGUCAUCUGUCACCGUUACCCGAGCUCUGGAAAAAAGGUCUUUAAAAUGAAGAUCUGGACAUCAGAACACAUAUUCAACCACCCUUGGGAGACGGUGACGAAGGCGGCCAUGCAGAAGUACCCGAACCCCAUGAACCCAGGCGUGGUGGGCGUGGACGUGCUGGACCGCGGUGUGGACACCCAGGGACGGCUCCACAGUAGGAGGCUGCUCAGUACGGAGUGGGGUCUGCCGUCCAUGGCCAACACUCUCAUCGGGACGACCAGAACAUGCACGUACGUCCACGAGCACUCGGUGGUAGACCCCAAAGAGAAGACCUUCGAGCUCAAGUCUUCUAAUAUCUCCUUCACUAACAUGGUGUCUGUGGACGAGAAGAUGACUUACAGACCUCACCCACAGGACCCGGACAAGACGGUGCUGACACAGGAAGCAUUGAUCACUGUUAAAGGGUUCAGUCUGAGUAGCUACCUGGAAGGCCUCAUGGCCAAUACAAUCUCUACUAACGCUGGAAAAGGGCGUGAGGCGAUGGAGUGGGUCAUUAGGCGGUUAAACGCUGAGAUUGAGGAGCUGGCUGUGACUGCACGUGGCACAUUGCGUGCUCCCAUGGCGGCAGCUGUCGCUGACAAGUGAUAGCCCACCUUCUUCAAUGAAACUGAACAUUAUCCCCGCAGAGGGGUGACCACCUCAAUGCCAGAGCAUCCACAUCCUGUUUCAACCCACUGCUCUUCCUGUGUGUCGCUCCUUCUUCCCUCAGCCACCUCGCAUCAGUAGAGACCAGCUGAUGAUAUAACACUGGGUUGAACAGGGUUGCACUUGAGUCUUGUGGGACUCGUAGUCUUUUAAUAUUUUGAAUUCACAUAGUGCCUCUUGUAUGUCGCCAGGCUUCUCCUCUUCCGUUUUUCUCUUAUCAUAGUGACAGUUUGUAGAGUCAAACUGACAAAAAUGCAACUAAGGCCAUAAAUCUACUUAACAUACAUCCUCUUUCAAAGACUACACACUUAUUAAGAGCAUUGCUACCCUGCUUCAUUUUCAGGAUUGUGCAAACUGGAAUUUCAUGUAAGUUUAACUUAUUGUUUUCAAAUAUAUUUUAUUUACAUAACAGUAAGGUGACGAUUUACACCACGGGUUGUUUUCAGAAUCCAUGGUCAUUGCAGCUGGUUCAGUAUAGUACAUUGAGCCAUCCUUGUUGCAAUUAUAUAUAUUUUGAACCACUGCAAUGGCUCUCACCAUUUAUUGAACAGGUGUAUUUAUGACCGUGACGAAACUGUCAUGUGUUUCUGCCUAUGGCAUUGGUAGUCAGUUAUUGUCAGUCUGUAUUUAUUUGUUUUACACGCUGUUCUAUGUGAUGUGUCAACAGAAUCUAAAGCUGCCAAUCUGUACAGCUACCUACCAGCUUAGGUGUUUCUGUUCCACAACACCAUAUAAUACACUCCUCCAUUCAGGUGCUACAAACUGACCCAGGCUCUGUUUGAGAUCUCUAAAAAUACAGCCUUCCUUCCUGAAAGGAAACAGAUCAGACAUGAUUGGGUUUGUGAUAACUCUUCAAAGGACCAUGUUUUUUUCUUCUUCACAAAUCCGAUGAUGUUAGAGAUUAUCUAGGAAAUGGGAGGGUGUAUUUAUAAAGAAUUUAAUUUGAGCCAGAUAUCGGUUCCCCUUCCCUGUUCAUAACCUCCAUAGGCUCCUGCUGUGUGCUUGACUGCAGACACGGGUUUUCUGGUUGUAGUGUCGUACAAUGCACAUUAUUUGAAGAAAACAUGGCUGUGUAUAUAAAACAAUGUAUCAAGGGUACACAUUCCGAGAAUGUCAAAA